AUGGAGGAAGCAGACGCGUAUACACCACAGAUUGCAAGUGUGAAACAUCAGUGUGUGUUUGAGAAAGGUAGUGUGUUCGGAAAAUCUGUUUUCGGUUCUCAUGGAGGUAGUGUUGGACCCCUGGAUACUGCUGGUUCGAGAACGAAACCAGUUACUUUCGACGAUGAUGACGCUUUAGUUCGUGAGGUUGAGAAGGUUGAAGAGAGUCUUAGGAGUGGAUGUUCUACUGGUUUUGACACAGAUAAGGUUUUUACCGAAGGGAUUGUUGCGACAGACAGCGACGAGGAUGUUCCAGCUGACUUUGGGGAUGAGUUGUCUGUCGAGUUUGAUGAUGUGAGACCUAUGGACUAUGACACAGAGUUUUGCUGUCCCCUGAUUGAUGAUCUCUAUGGUGGUUCUAAUGCGGCUGAAGUGAUUACAACAACAUUGGAUGACAAUAGACCAGGUGGAAGUCGGCCAUCAACGGUGUUUUGUAGUUUGAAUGAUGAUUUUGAUCACUUUGUUGUUUCAAAUCAUGAUGUCCCUGGUAGUAGUGGACAUAGUGGGAUGGACAGAAAACCUAUAAAGAAUAUGAACCAUUCGUGGUCACAGCCACCCACUACCAUCCAUAAUGGGAACCCUGGUGGACGACAUAACGUGGAUAGUUUGGUGAAUCCAAAGUGUGAUGCAACUGAUCACGAUAUGCCCCACCAUGUUACCCGCAUGGUCUUGUUUCCACCACAUGGGAAAGGCAGCUGGUCGGGAAAAGAAAAAAAGAAUUCCAUCCAUCGGAGAAGUGCCUGUACUGGACCAACUUCCCUUUAUUUAAUGCUGAAGGUCCGUAAGAAACUUUUUUUGUGUUUUGAUCUACAACUAUUGUACAAAAACACCAAACAUGGGGCUCGAUUACCUCCAUCAGUGCUCACUAAAGUCGCAUCUUGCCUUGCUAAAGAAGGUGUAGAAGCUUUAACCAAUCUUCUAGUUUGUUCUCCUGCUGGUGUAGCUGCUGUCCUUCACCCCGAAACACUCCAUGUCGUCCGCCUUGACAAAUGUCGAUGUUUCCCUUGGUGGGCGGAUCCAAUUUCUUGGUGGUACCACUUUUACCAGAAGUGCCUCCGUGCCAAAAAUCCAUAUGCCCUUUAUGUUGAUUGCUUGAGGCUUGCUUUCAAUGUUGGUGAGAUUCAGGCGCCUCUCUACAUUCUCAACGAUAUCAAAGACAUCUACCCUAUGGCGAAGUUAACCUUUAUUAUUCUGUCGUCGUGUGCCGGCCAAGAUUGUGAGCAAGUGUACCAAGAUAUCUGA